ACGUUGUGGGCGCCACCCCGGCCGCUGCCGCAGCGGGAGGAGCUGGUCACCAUGCUGGGCAUCAUCACAAUCACAGUUGGACAGAGAGAAUCCGAAGAUGUGAAUGAAAGAGGUUCAGAUAAAGAGAUGGCUGCCAACUCAUCGGUUGUUCAGGACAUCACAAAGGAUGGGCAGGAGGAAAUGCCUGAAAUAAUUGAGCAGAUUCCUUCUUCGGAAAGCAAUUUAGAAGAACUAACGCAGCCUGCUGAGUCCCAGACUAAUGACGUUGGAUUUAAGAAGGUGUUUAAGUUUGUUGGCUUUAAAUUCACCGUGAAGAAGGAUAAGAGCGAGAAGUCUGACACGGUCCAGCUACUGACUGUGAGAAAAGAGGAAGGUGAAGGAGCAGGAGAGUCAGAGGGGGCUGGGGACCACCAGGAGCCCAGCCGGGAGGCGGGAGAAGCAACACACAAAGAAAAUGAACUGAAACAAUCCACAGAGAGCCCCGAGAAGCCCCUGCAACCCGAGCAGAGCAGCACGGAGAUUUCCCUUCAAGCUGAGCCUGGCCAAGCAGCCGAGGAAGGCAAAGAUGGAGAAGAAAAACAAGAAAAAGAACCCACCAAAUCUCCAGACUCUCCGACCAGUCCAGUGGCCAGCGAAACGGCGUCACCCUUCAAAAAAUUCUUCACUCAAGGCUGGGCUGGCUGGCGCAAAAAGACCAGUUUCAGGAAGCCCAAGGAGGAUGAGCUGGAAGCUUCGGAGAAGAAAAAGGAACAAGAGACAGAAAGAGUCGACGCAGAAGAAAAGGAAAAGACAGGAGAUACCUCUGAGAAACUGGCUACUUCGGAACAACCACAGCCACGGGAGGCCACAGAGAGUGUCCACGAUGCCAGGUUAUCAGCUGAGUAUGAAAAGGUGGAGCUGCCCUCUGAAGGUCAAGGGCAGGCACCUCCUGAAGAGAGAUCCGCCCCGUUGGCAACAGAAAUAUUUGAUGAAAAGGUAGAGAUUGUCGCAGAAGUCCACGUGAGCACGGCGGAGAAUGCAGAGGAGCAGAAAGCUGAGGUGGAGGAAACAGAAGAGCCCCAACCGGCUGAGACAUUGGCCAAAACCAACGCUGGGCCUCAGGCAGCCGAACCUCCAGUGUGCGCGCCUGGAGGGGACCACACCCAGCCCCCCGAACCAGGCCCCGAGGAGCAAGCGCUGUCUGCCCAGCCGGAAGGCAUCGUGAGCGAGGUGGAGAUGCUGGCAUCCCAGGAGAGAGUGAAGGUGCAGGGAAGCCCGCUGAAGAAACUUUUUACAAGCACUGGCCUGAAGAAGCUCUCCGGAAAGAAGCAGAAAGCGAAGCGAGGAGGAGAUGAGGAGCCGGGGGAGCAGCAGGCGGCCCAGGCGGAUUCCCCGGAUAGCCCAGACGAGCACAAGGGCGAGAGCUCUGCUUCCUCCCCGGAGGAGCCCGAGGAGAUCACCUGCCUGGAGAAAGGGAUCGCGGAGGCCCACCCGGACGGGGAAGGCGAAGAGGGCGCCACUUCCGAUGGAGAGAAGAAGAGAGAAGGUGUGACUCCCUGGGCAUCUUUCAAAAAGAUGGUGACGCCCAAGAAACGUGUCAGAAGGCUUUCCGAAAGCGACAAGGAAGAGGAGCUGGAGAAGGCGAAGAGCGCCACGCUGUCGUCCACGGAGAGCGCGGCCUCGGAGAUGCCAGAGGAGGGGAAGGGACACGGGGAGGAGCCCAAGCCCGAGGAGCCGAAGCGCAAGGUUGACACUUCGGUGUCUUGGGAAGCUUUGAUUUGUGUGGGAUCGUCCAAGAAAAGAGCAAGAAAGGCCUCCUCACCGGACGAAGCAGGAAGAGACAGAGAGGCGGGACCAGAGGCUGUCCCCGCAGGUUCCCAGGAGCACGACCCCGGGCAGGGCAGCUCCUCCCCCGAGCAAGCGGGAAGCCCCUCGGAAGGGGAGGGCGUUUCCACCUGGGAGUCCUUUAAAAGAUUGGUCACCCCGAGGAAGAAAUCCAAGUCCAAACUUGAAGAGAAAACCGAAGACCCCGGGCCGGGGGCCGGUGUGGAACACUCGGCGGCAGAGGUGGAACCCGGGAAGGAAGAAUCUUGGGUUUCAAUUAAGAAAUUCAUUCCUGGCCGGAGGAAGAAAAGGCCGGAUGGGAAACAAGACCACGCCACUGCCGAGGACGCGGGGCCGACAGAAGUCAACGAAGACGAUUCGGACGUCCCGGCCGUGGUCCCUCUGUCCGAGUACGAUGCCGUGGAGAGGGAGAAAACGGAAGCGCAGGAGGCCCAGAAGAGGGAGGAGACGGCCGAGCAAAAGGGGGCGGUUUCUGUAUCGGAGGAGCUCAGCAAGAGUCUGGUUCAUACCGUGACUGUGGCGGUCGUCGAUGGGGCGAGGGCCGUGACCCAUAUGGAAGAAAGGUCGCCUUCUUGGAUCUCUGCUUCGGCGACAGGGCCCCUCGAACAAGCCGACGAGGAAGCUGGACCACCCCCUGCAGGGGUGUUGGAAAGAGAGGGCAGGGCAGAGGACAGCCCCGUCGUCACCCAAGCCCUGCCCGGGAGCCGAGAUGCCGGUGAGGACACCCUCACCGGUGAGGUGGAACCCACUCCCGAGGCCGUGACGGCUGCGGAACCCACGGAGACGUUUGGUGCCGAGGAGGCGACCGAAGCAUCUGGUGCCGAGGAGACCACCGACAUGGUCUCGGCCGUCUCCCAGUUAAGUGAGUCUCCGGACACCACGGAGGAGGCCACGCCGGUGCAGGAGGCGGAGGGCGGCGAGCCCGACGUGGAGGGCCAGGAGAGGCGGACCCAGGAGGUCCUGCAGGCGGUGGCGGAAAAGGUUAGAGAAGCGUCACAGCUCGAUGUCGGGGGCCCAGGAGCCGAGAUUCACACAGCGCGGAAAGAGGGAUCCCAGCUGCCAGAGGUGGGGGAGACCGAAGAGGACCCUCCCGUGUCGGAGCUGAAGGAAGAGGUGGACGGGGUGUUGCAGGGACACUCGGGAGAAACAAAAGCUGAGACUCUCACACCAGGGGAGGUCUUUGGACAGGCCGCCCCAGAACACGCUGGAGUCCCCGAGAGUGUCCCGUCCAGGGAGCUCAGAACCCCCCGCCAAGCCGAAAUCUUGGUUGGGGUAAAAUCAGAGAUCGUCCUGGAACAGGCUGUGGGCCCCGACUCGGCCGAAACGCUCACAGACAGCGAGACCAGUGGCAGCACCCCGGUGGCCGACGGUGAGGGUCCCCAUGCCACCCAGCAAGUCAAGGUCAUGGAAGUCCACGCAGAGGGUGAAGGUGCAUCUGGUACGAAAUCGCAGGCCACGGAGGCCCAGGCAGCUCCUGCACCGAAAGAGAUGCCCCCAGCACCCUCUGGGCUUCAAUCCCAGGAAGAAAAGAAAGAACACUCAGAAAUUGCAGGGGGUCCAGAGCAUAUGGAUAAAGAGGUAUCAGUGGAGACUGUACCCAUUCUUUCAAAGGCUGAGGCGUCGCAGGAGGCUGGCCAGUUUGCUGAUGAGGAAACCAAAGACGUACCCUUCGUUCAAGGACUUGAAGUGUCUGUAGGCACAGAAAUGACAGCUGGACAGAAAAAGGCCACUGAAGUCUCCCUCAAAGAUGAAGUUACUGAAGAAGCUGAUGGUCCAAAGAAUGAAAAUACUGAAUUCCAGAGUCCUGCUCAGCCCCUUCUAGCCCCAGGGGAGAGAGAGAGGGUCGUGCAAGUGGAAAGGGAGGAAGCGGAAGCCAAGGCAGCCCGAGUGAGUGAAGAGAAGCUUGAGCCCAAACCAGCCGAAGUGCUCAGCCAGCAGCGGGUCCACACGGUUCACGUGACCGUCAUCGACGGGGAGAAGGAAGUUCUCCAUUUCGAAGAAAGUUCUCCUUCGCUAGUUCAAGCGGACGGGCUCUGCACAGACAGUCAGGCCGAAGUGCUCAGCAAGCAGCUGUUCCACACGGUUCACGUGACCGUCGUAGACGGGGAGAAGGAAGUUCUCCAUUUCGAAGAAAGUUCUCCGGACAGGCUCUGCACAGACAGUCAAGUUCAAAGCUCGGAGGCAUCGUUACUUCUAACAGCUGCCGCUGUGGAGAAGAAGGUCUUGGGCGAAACCGUCCAGCCUUUAGAAGCAGCUGGACCUUUGGAGCCUGCAGAUGCACAUUUGGAACCGGAAGCGAAGCCCUCUGACCAAGAAGACGUGGUGGGUCAGCACGGGGAAGAUGCAGCGCCCACAGGCCCCGCGUCUCAGGCAGCAUCGGCCCCCGUCGUCAUACCCGCCGCCCCUGCAAAAGGCGUCAGUGCUGACCUGGAAGGAGAUAAAACCACCUCCCAGGAAGGGAAGUCCGAAGAAGACGGCGAGCAGGUUAGCGGGCAGGGAGACAGAGUGAGUGAAACGGGAGAGGAAGGUUUAAAGGCCGAAAAGGAGAUUUUGCAGCUUAAGACUGAGAGCCAUAAACUUGUGCAAAACGUCAUUCAGACAGCCGUUGACCAGUUGGUAAGCACCGAAGGAACAGCCACCGACUGCCAGACACCAGCCCAGCUGGCAAAGGCUGACCAUCAGGAGGCUGAACAGAAAAUUGAAAAAGAAGAAAGGGAACUUCAGGGCUCGGCAGAGACUGAGGCAGCCCAAGAGGAGUCCACACUGACCACCGUGGGACAAACCCCCUCAGAUAUUUCCAAAGAUGCGAAUGCAGCUGCAGAGGAGGUCACGGCCGUUGAGGUCAAAGGCUCCCCAGGAAAUGACCAGCUGCCUGAAGAGCUCGUCCUCCCAACCCAGGAAAAGAGAGAAGCAACCGGAACCAAGUGUGUGCCAGAAUUGGGUGAUCGUGCCGGCUUAGGAGAAAGAACAGAGAAUGAACCCCAAGAAGAUGAAAAACGUGACGCUGUCCAUUACCCUGAGAACCAAAUCUCAGCCCUGGUAGACCCCGAGGCCUCGGGAGACUUAACCAAAGAGUCCCCAGAUGCAAAUGGACCAAAACUAAAAGAGAAGGAAGUGGGAUUUCAGGAGGGAAAAGGGCCAAGCGAGCCAGAAAAAGAGAUCAAAACACAAACACAGGAGGAGGCACAGGAACAAGAGAGGCAGCCGGCAACGCCAGAACUUGCGGAACCCUAAGACGUCAGUUACACGAGUGUCUUUGCAAGACCAGAAUGUGAAGACAGGUGGUAGAAGAAAAUGAAUGCUGCUGAUGACACUCAAGACCAAGAUUUCAGAACUUUGAGAUCCCAAGAACAGGCCCGCCAACCGAUCUCAUUCCCAGAGAACCCCGACAAUCCUGAGGCUGCUUCGGGAGCUAGAACCGGUUCCUCCUCGAGACCGCCUGCCGCGUCCUCUUGAUGCCAUAUCGUGUUUCUCAUCCGAGGUCCUGACUUCUUCACCUGGAACUGGAGUUGGCAACACCUAGUUCCACUUCUCAAACUGGAGUAUCAUUCUCUAUGUAUUUAUAUGUAUGUCUUAAGUAAUCCUCCUCCUGUAUCUAUUGUAUAUUUUUUUUUCCUACUGUUUAAGGAGAUGUGUGGUAGAAUACACUUCCGAUGUACCCCAGUCUGUGAUGGGGCAUGGGCCAUAGUGUCGCCGCGGCAGCUCUGAGCCUCCCGUACAACCUGUGAAAACAGCUUCCUAGAAUAACAUUCCUGAACAGAAGCUACAUUCUCACUUUAAAAUUCCCUAAGGACGAGGCCCGUGGUUAGUAUUACUCUGAAGUCGGUCACUUUGCUAUGAUGCACAGUGUGCUAAAAAUGAAAAGCAUCUUUAGGGCGGAAGCAUACAGAAUGUCCUGUGGUUACUGUGAAAUUUUUCUUUCAAGCCCAGUGGAGAGUGGAAGUAUUUUUUCGUGUUUUUUUUUUUCAGUAGUAGAUUAACUUCCAGUCUUUUCUCCUAAUUGUUAUGGUGGUUUGGACAGAUGUGGGCUUAAUCCUGAGGCAAAGUAGUGAAAUGUUUUUCAUACUCUCAAGAAAAGGAUUGACUGUAAGCUUUGGGUUCUACCCGUACAUGCGGAACCACAUUCCCACACGGCAUGAAGCAAAUCAGGCUCUUUACAAUGGCAUUUUGAUCGAUGCUGGAUUGUGUCUGUGCCAUAUUUGUGCCCGCUCUUUUAGAACAACGUUGCAUUAUGUUCAUUUGGAUAAACUAUGAUUUGACAACUGAUUUACUAGUAAAUAAAAUAUUUGCUUCACUUAGAUUUGCUGGUUUUAUUAGAUACUAGGAAGGCUGAGACCUGUGUUUCCUGCCUUCUGCAAGCAGAAUAAGCUAGACUAGAGCUUUCUAUUGUAGUUGCUGUAUGACGUGACCACUUCAUACCGGUUUGAGUUUAUGUUCAGAGGAAGUCAUAGCAGAUAGGUAUCUGCCAAAAUAAACCAGGGGCUUUUCAGAUGGACGGUACUGAUACAAUGCUACCAUCUGGUGGUAUCUUCCUGAAAAGGCCAACUUUCUGCAUUAAUGUUUGUUUAUGAUGAGUGUUUCUAGAAAGAAAUGUUAAGAAGGCUUAGUAGUAAAAUUGCCUUGCAACAGGAAUUUUUCUAAAUGUUAAAAAUGAUGUCUGAUUCUUACUAAUAUAUAAAGGAUUCUGUUGAACAGUUGCCACACAAAGAAUAGUCUGUUAUCUGCCCUAAAAUUCCACUUUUCCGCAGGUAAACUGGCCUGGCAAAUACACUUUAAAAAUUUUACUCCAGCUCGGUACUCCCAGUUUGAGAACUUAAUUUCAAUGGCCAAUUGAUUUUAAAGGAUAACAUUCUAGAAAGACUAGAAUAGCCUUUGAGCAGAAAGAACAUUUGCUGUUAGAAGUGACGAGUAGUUGCUCUGAUACCAACACACCUGAUUAUAAUAAAACAUUGUCUGUAGUAGUUGCUCUGAUACCAACACACCUGAUUAUAAUAAAACAUUGUCUGUAGUAGUUGCUCUGAUACCAACACACCUGAUUAUAAUAAAACAUUGUCUGUAGUAGUUGCUCUGAUACCAACACACCUGACUACAA